AUGUUUAAGUAUUUAUCCCAAAGAUUUUUUUCCUCUGUGUACGCUAAUUUGAAGAGGAUACGGCCUGAAUAUGUAGAUUUCGAAACUAACUUUCCAAAAGUUAAAAUUGAAAGACAAUUAUUGCCAGUACCUUAUACACAGGUUAGGAUUCUAUUUUUUUAUAAUGAGAAAAACUUGAGGUUUUUGAAAAAUCUAGAAACUCCUCAAACACUUUCAAAUUGCCGAGUUGUUGAACAAUUAUCUAUAAGGAGAGUCAAAUUUGGAGGAAGAAAUAAUACAGGAAGAAUUACAACUAGACAUAGAGGAGGUGGCCAUGUACAAAGAAUAAGGCUGAUAGAUUUUAAAAGACAGAGAAAAGAUAUAUUUUCAACAGUAUUGAGAAUUGAGUAUGAUCCUACAAGAAGUGCACAUGUUGCACUGAUUCAAUACGAUGACGGCGUAUUGAGUUAUAUUUUAUGUGCAGCCGGAGUUUUACCUGGAACAAGACUCCUUUCUAGUUCAAACGCCCCUCUUUUGCCUGGAAACUCACUACCACUCAGACACAUUCCUGUGAAUUCUAUAGUCCAUAAUGUGGAAAUGAGACCUGGAGCAGGUGGACAAAUUGCUAGGUCUGGAGGCGUUUAUUGCACCGUUACAGAGAAAGAUGAAACAUUCGCAACUUUGAGACUUUCCUCCACUGAAUUGAGGAAGUUCCCACUCGAUUGCUGGGCCACAAUAGGUCAAAUAUCAAACAUUAAGCAUAACGAAAGAAUACUUAAGAAGGCUGGAACCAGAAGAAAUAUGGGAUGGAGACCCGUAGUAAGAGGAAUUGCAAUGAACGCAAAUAGCCAUCCACAUGGAGGAGGAAAUGAUAAAAGCGGAACAAAGAGACCAAAGUGCUCAAUUUGGGGAAUCUGUAAAGAUGGAUACAAAACGAGGAGUAAACAUAAACCACUGGGAUUUAUAAUAAGAAGGAAACUUUGCGGCCGAUUAAUGAAGAAAUAUGGAAUAACUAAACGACCUUAA